AUGUUGUUCAAGAGCAAUCUCCUUCUCCCGGUACUCGUCUCUUCUGCGGCGGCAGCGCCUAGCUCUCACAAACAUACUGCUGCUGUGAAUACGACCACCUGCAACGGCGAGACAUACGUCUACGAAGAGCUCGCAGGCUAUGGCUUCCUACCACCCAACGACCGUGACAAAUACGGCGACACUCUGGGCGGCCUCGGUAGCUCCCUUGCUGUGGACAAGAGCUCAUGGAAGAAAGUAGGCCAGAAUUACCAGGGUGUGGCCUACGCACUGCCUGACCGCGGGUGGAACACCAAUGGCACGAUCAACUUCCAAAACCGCAUCCAGAAGAUCUCGAUCACCCUCAACGUAGAGGAGCCGACUCUCAAGCGCCCCUGCGGACCAAACCUCGACAUGAAGUACCUAGACACCAUUCUUCUGGCCGACUUCGAAGGAACUCCAACCACCGGACUCGACCCCGACAUCACGGGCCCGUACAAGCACUUCUCCGAAGUCCCCUUUGCCCUCCCAAGCGCCAAUUACACCGGCAACGGUUUUGGCGGCCCAGGCAACGGCGGAAACCGCGUCACUCUCGACCCUGAAGGCCUUUUUCUUGGCGCCGACGGCUCUUUCCGGGUCAGCGACGAAUACGGUCCCUACAUCUACCAAUUCGACAGCAAAGGCAAGAUGAUCAACGCCAUCCAGCCCCCGAACGCCAUCCUCCCUCGGCGCCACAAGAAAGUCUCUUUCAGUGCCGACAGCCCGCCGAUCUAUAACCCCGACCUCGAACCCAGUCCCGAAGAAAACCCCACCGGUCGCAACAACAACCAAGGCUUCGAAGGCCUCACCACCAACCCGGAAGGAACCAAACUCUACGUCCUCCUCCAAUCCGCCACAAACCAAGACGGCGGCCUCGAAACCGAACGCAACACUCGCUUCCUGGUCUACGACAUCUCCACCCCCACCCCUUCGUACGAGGCCGAAUACGUCGUGCACCUGCCCCUCGUCGACCCUUCAGACGAGGACAGCGAUGUAGCCCGCCAGAGCGAGAUCCACUACAUCAGCCCGACGCAAUUCCUCAUCCUCGCGCGGGACUCAGACGCUGGUGCUGGGCAGGACGAGACGGAGAGUCUUUACCGACAUGUUGACGUGAUCGACAUCUCCUCGGCGACGAAUGUUAAGGGUAAGGAGCAUGAUUGCAGCACCUGCCAGAUCGCCUCUCGAGAGGGUGUGCUGCGGAAAGAUAUCGAGCCGGCGGAGUACUGCUCUUGGCUUGACUUUAACGUUAAUAGUCAGCUAAGGAGGUUUGGGGUGCAUAAUGGUGGAGCCCAGAACAAAGGGCUGUUGAAUGAGAAGUGGGAGAGUAUGGCGUUGUUGCCUGCCGAGGGAGAGGACGAGUACUAUCUCAUCAGUUUCAGUGAUAAUGACUUCAUUAAUCAAGAUGGGUAUAUGAAUUUCGGCAAGUUUGAAUAUCAGGAUGAGAGCGGGUUUGAUUUGCUGAAUCAGGCGUUGGUUUUUAAGGUCAAGUUGCCUAAGGGGACGGAGCCGCUUGUGGGAUAG